CUCUCACCUGCCUGCAGGCUGCAUCCUACUACUGCAACAAGCUGGGGUUCGAGGAGCUGGCGUACCGGGGACUGGAGACCGGCAGCAGGGAGGUGGUCUCACACGCCAUCAAGCAGGACAAGAUCGUGUUUGUUCUCUCGUCCGCUCUCAACCCAGGGAACGAGGAGAUGGGGGAGCACCUGGUGAAGCACGGUGAUGGGGUGAAGGACAUCGCCUUCGAAGUGGAGGACUGCGACUUCAUUGUGCAGAAAGCCAAGGAGCGUGGAGCCGUGGUGGUGAAGGAGCCCUGGGUGGAGGAGGACAAAUUCGGGAAGGUGAAGUUUGCAGUGAUCCAGACGUACGGUGACACCACCCACACCUUGAUAGAAAAGCUCAACUACAAGGGCCUCUUCCUACCUGGGUACCACCCGCCCCUCUUCAAGGACCCCCUGCUGCCAAAGCUACCGAGCACCAAGCUCAACUUCAUCGACCAUGUCGUGGGGAACCAGCCUGACCUGCAGAUGGUCCCAGUGGCAGACUGGUACCAGAAGAACCUGCUCUUCCACCGCUUCUGGUCCGUGGAUGACAAGCAGCUGCACACUGAGUUCAGUGCCCUGCGCUCCAUCGUGGUCACCAACUACGAAGAGACCAUUAAGAUGCCCAUCAACGAGCCGGCGCUUGGCAAGAAGAAAUCCCAGAUUCAGGAAUAUAUCGACUACUACGGAGGGGCUGGAGUCCAGCACAUCGCGCUGAACACCUCCGACAUCAUCUCAGCGAUCACCAGCCUGAAGCAGCGGGGCAUGCAGUUCAUGGAUGUGCCGUCCAGCUACUACCAGGUGCUGCAGGAGAGGCUGAAAACUGCCAAAAUCAAAGUGAAGGAGAAUAUUGACAAGCUGGCGGAACUGAAAAUCCUGGUGGAUUUUGAUGAGAAAGGCUAUUUGCUCCAGAUCUUCACCAAACCAGUUCAAGAUAGACCCACGGUCUUUCUGGAGGUUAUCCAGCGGCACAACCACCAGGGCUUCGGCGCCGGGAACUUCAAGUCUCUGUUUGAAGCGAUAGAAAUGGAUCAAGACGCAAGAGGAAACCUGACCGUCCUGGAGCCCAAUGGGGAGACCAAGCGCAUCUAGAGGAUGGCAGAAAACGCCGCCCUCGCCCCUAACGAGCCAAUUCACAAACAAACUGGGAAACAGCCGAUGGUAAAUAGCCCAGACCUAAGUGUCAUAAACCCAGGGAAGCUGCUGCCAAGUUGGAGAUGUAAAAGAACUCAACACCUCUCCCGACCCAGCCCCAGCGCUGCCCUCCGGUGACUUCUUGGGAGAGGGAGCAUGGGAAAUAGCAAACACGCUCUUAAAAAGCAGUUCAAUCUGAUCCAAACCACCGAAUUCUUAACAAAGGGCAGAUUUAAGGCAUGUGCCAAAGACACGCAGCUAUGGAGGAAGACAGAAGAAACAACUGGGAGUGCUUAAAUUUAGUCUAUCGAAAGUUUUCUGUUAAUUUUAGCUACGUGGCAAGCUGGGAGAGGAAAGCACGGAGGCGUUUGCCUCUCUGUGCGUCUCAUUUUGUAAGAUUUUAUUUUAAUUGCUUUUAGACUCAAUCUUGAAUUUGAAUUUGCUGAGAUUAAACACAUUGUUUUAGGGUAGCUACAACAUUCUGGAAUAAGAAUCGAAUUUACGUAUUUCAGCCUUCCCAAGGCAACGCAGUCUUGCUCCAAUACCUGUAAAUUCCUGAAUUAAUGAAGGGUUGGGGUUUCUCCCGUGUUUCAAGAAGUAAUUGCUGGCAUUGGCAGCGAUUCCUUGGCUCAGAUCCCGGCUGCAUGUGCAAAGUCCCCUCUGGGCAUCACUCUGGUGUUGUCACUGUCCUUUGCAAGGGGACUUUCCUCACUGACACAAUAAAACCCUUUUCUGUCA